GGUAGCUUGCACUGUUUCAGUUUGCAUAAAUUGCGAGUCCGCCGGCUGUAACUGAUGGUAAAAUUAGAGAUGAACUCUUCUAGUACUAACAUAAAUGGAAGCGAGUCUGUAACAAGCCCUGCUGAGUUGAAUUCGGACGAUGCAACAUGGAUUUUGACAAGUGCUUUCAUAAUAUUUACAAUGCAGUCUGGAUUCGGACUAGUGGAGUCAGGUCUGGUCUCCCAGAAGAAUGAGGUCAAUAUUAUGGUUAAAAAUGCCGUGGACGUCAUAUAUGGAGGACUAUCUUAUUGGUUGUACGGAUUUGCUUUUAGCUUUGGCAUCGCUGAAGGAACAAAUGCCUUUUGUGGCAUGGGUUAUUUUGCGAUGGACGUAGAAGCUGAGCAAGGAGAUGUGUUCGCCCUGUAUUUCUUUCAGAUGUCGUUCGCCACAACUGCCACAACCAUCGUGUCGGGGGCAAUGGCGGAAAGAACUCAUCUACAUGCAUACACAAUUUACUCUUUUACCAACACGAUAUCGUACGUCUUUCCAGCACAUUGGCUGUGGGGUGAAAAAGGCUUUCUCAAGGAGCUUGGUGCUAUUGACAUUGCAGGGUGUUCUGGUGUUCACUUAGUUGGAGGAGUCGCUGGUUUGGUGGCCUCGAUCAUGCUGGGUCCGAGACUAGGACGAUAUGACAAUUCAGUCAAACAAGGAAAGCCGGGGUCACUCACCAAUGUUCUACUAGGAACGUUUAUGCUGUGGUGGGGCUGGCUUGGGUUUAAUUGUGGCAGCACUUUUGGAAUGAGUGGAGGAAAAUGGCUACUUGCCUCAAGGUCAGCAAUAGUAACAUUGAACGGGUCAAUUGGAGGAGGAAUCUUAGGGAUAGCUUACAGCUACUACUACCGAAAAGGAAAGCUGGACGUGGCAGUAUUCAUAACUGGCAUUCUAGGAGGUCUCGUGGGUAUCACAGCCAUCUGUGCUGUGUGUCGUCCUUGGGAGGCCUUCCUCAUAGGAUUCAUAGGAGGAUUGGUUGCAUGCGGCAGUUGCGACAUUAUUGACAGAUUGAAAGUCGAUGACCCUGUGGGUUGCAUAGGAACUCAUGCUGUCGCUGGUAUUUGGGGGAUGAUUGCAGUCGCUUUAUUUGUAGAAGAAGACGAGCUUGAGGGAUUGUCAGAUGCUCGUGGGCUCUUCAAAGGUGGCAGCGUAAAACUGCUUGGUGUCCAACUUCUGGCAUGUGUCGUUAUUGCCGCUUGGAGCGCUAUGACUACAUGGCUACAAUUGUUUCUUAUCAAUAAAAUUCUUCCAAUUAGACUCACUCGUGAGCAAGAGAUCAUAGGUACUGACAAACUUGAGCACGGGAUUGACUGUAAUGAUUCUGAGGACGACAUCUUUGGACUGGAAAACGAUACACUGGAGGGAGAAGAGGACGGAGUCGACAGUUUCGGAGAAUACACCAAAAAUGAAGCUCUAGCUAAUAGGCACGGAGCCAACAUGGAUCAAAUACUUACCAUUCGGAAUCUUCCAGGAUAUGCCAACUAUGGUCUCGAGUCCAGUUCAGGAAGCCAUUUAUCGAAGCGAAAGAUGACAGCUGAAGUCGGAGUACAGGUGGAUCUGCAAGACGCUUAACUUUUCCAGGAAUCACGUCUCCUCGCAAGCUCUUAUUCUGAUGAUCAUUUGACAUCUUUAGACCAAAGUCAGGUUUCAUUUUUUUGCAAACGUAGAAAAUGUGCUAGUCAUUCUUUAAAUUACUGUGAAUACGUAAAUAUUUGAUUUUCAUAUAUUCACAAUCAUUUACUCACCACCUAACGAGUUCAUUACAACUCUCAGUUGGUAGAGCAAUGCUCCGGUAUCGCAAAGGUCAUUGGCUUUAAUCCAGUACAGGCUUGAAUUUUUCCCUUAUUUUGAGCCUCAUUUUCACUACCGCCUAAGUAGUAUUCGUUACUGCGAAGGUCGCUUUCAUAUUCAUCAGUUACCUUUAUAACUAACUUAAUGAACUCGUGAAUAGGAUCCGGUUUUAUAGACCUUAGACUGGGCUAAAACGGAAUAACUAAGAGUGUCCACACCUUAUAAAGUGUAAAUUUAUGCAAAAAAUUAACUCGCAAUUUACUUCUAUUUCGAGUGAUGUAUAAUGAGCGAUAACAAUCACCCGCGAGAUACUGGUGUGAAGUUUGCAAAUGGGAUAGCCGACGAAUGUUUUUAAGUUUACCAUGAGGACUUACUUUUGAGGAUAAAAAACGUUUUUGUCAUUACAAUUUUUAAUGUUGGAUAAUCAAGUCUUAUUAGUUCCUGUUCAGAAUAUUAAUCUGCGUCCUCAAAAAAAACGAGUUCCUUUCAAUUGGUCACUAAAUUUAGCGGUUUUGAAUAACAACUAAGCCCUAACACCUCAGCUUUCGUUGGUUGUUUUUCUUCAUUUUCCUUAACUUGAAUAAUUUAGAAACUUUAAUUAAGGUUAUUUUUAUACCUUGGUUAGUUAUAGGAAAGGUGAGCUAAAUUAAAAUCCGUCCUUUCUUUCCUAAAGAACUGUUUGAAUUUAUGAAAUUUUGCUGCUGUGCAGAAAAGUUUAAUCCUGAUCUUACUUGUAAUCUUGAGAAUAUGUGAGAUCAUUCCCC